CCCCUGGUCAACUGGAAUGAGGUUUGCCAACCAAAGAAGUUUGGUGGGCUACGUAUAAGGAAUGUGAUGAACUGGAAUUAUGCAGCCAUCAUGAAUGUUGUUUGGGACAUAGCUGGAAAGAAGGACAUCCUUUGGGUUAGAUGGAUACACGCCAGAUAUAUUAAAGAGUGUGACUUCUGGACUUAUAAACCUAAGCAGGAUUCUUGCCACUACUGGAAGGAAAUGAUGAGGGUGAAGGAAAAAUUUGCAGACAUGCCAAGACAAUAUCCAUACACUAUUAGCAAGGGAUAUGAUUGGCUUCAAGAAGCUAGGGAGAAACCUAUAUGGAGAGACUGGUAUAACAUAGGCUCUGAUGAGGAAUUUAGGAGAGCAAUACAAGGAAUGGCAGGGGCGAAGCACAGGAAAAAGUGGAUAGCAGCUUGGGCUACCUGCGUAUACCAGACCACACUAAAACCCAAAUCCCAAAUCUCCGCCCACCCUCGUUUCUGGGUCUUCACACUCACCAUCCUUUCCAUCCAAAUCCUUGUCAUCUUUCUGGCCCGCAAUUCACUCUUCCCCGUCGCCGUCCAUCCGACGGAGGCGGUCUCUUUUCUGGCCACCCCCACCAGCCGGAAGGCGGAAGCGGACGGAGGAUGUAAGUACGGAAGGGUUUACGUGUACGACCUUCCCCGGAUGUUUAACCGGGACUUGAUCCCGGAGAACUUCUCCGAUUGGCACCCUUACAAUCGGCAGAGCGGGCUUUACGUCAACGAAGGGUUGGGGAAAAAGUCGAGGGCGCUCGCCGGGAUCUUGCCGGUGAACAUCGCGGCGGCGUGGCAUCACACGAACCAGUUCUCGACGGACGUGAUCUACCACCGCCGGAUUCUGAACUACCGGUGCCGAACGAGGGAUCCGGAAUCGGCAACGGCGUUCUACAUCCCGUUCUACGCCGGACUCGCGGUGGGGAAGUAUCUGUUUGUGGAAGGGUUCGAGAAACGCGACCGGCUGUGUGCGACGAUGCUCAGGUGGGUCCAGAACCAGACCUACUGGAAGAAAUCUAACGGCUCAGAUCAUUUCCUCACGCUGGGGCGAGUCACAUGGGAUUUCCGCCGUCUGGAGGUGGAAGAUAAGGAAUGGGGAUCUGCCUUCCUCAACAUACCCGGGAUGGAGAAGGUCACGCGCUUCACCAUCGAGAGAGCGUCGGGGGACGACCGCGACGUCGGCGUGCCGUACCCCACCGGAUUCCACCCCGGCACCGAGUCGCAGCUCCGGCAAUGGCAGGAAUUUGUCCUCUACCGGAACCGGCCCCACCUCUUCUCCUUGGUGGUUCCCCCACGCCCCAAAUGGGAAGGCGACUUUAGGACCCUGCUUUUCCGCUACUCCCAAAACCACUACAACGUCAGCCGGGUUGUCGAUUGCUCUCUGACGCCGUGCGACGCCCACCCUGCUGCAGUCCAAGACGCCUUCCUCAACUCCGAUUUCUGCUUGCUGCCGGAAGGGGACAGCGAGACGAGGCGGUCCAUGUUCGACUGCAUGAUCGCCGGAUCGGUCCCGGUGAUUUUCUGGCCGGAGACGGCGUACGGUCAGUACCCGUGGUUCUUGCCGGAGGAUCCGGAGAGUUACUCCGUGUUCAUCCACCACGACGGCGUGAGGAACGGGUCGGCGUCCAUAAGAGGGAUCCUGGAGAAGAAUUACAGCAAGGAGAAGAUCAGGAAGAUGAGGGAGAAAGUGGUGGAGACCAUCCCGAGAUUGGUCUACGCGAGAACGAAGAAGGGAUUGGGUAAUGUUAAGGACGCGUUUGACAUUGCCGUUGAAGGUGCAAUGAAGAGAAUCAAAGAGGGCAAGGGAAUGAGAUUGAAUCAUUAAGAUCCCACAACAGGCUCCUUUUUUGAAAUUAUAUGGUACGGUACAACUUAUGUAUCUAUUUUUCUUGUAGUGCAUAUAAAGUCAUUUUAUUUCUGCAAGUUACUGCGAAGGUUUAGUGAGUUUUUGUAUGAAAGACUUGGUAGAAGCCAAUUACAUGCUAGGUAUCAAAAUCUUUAGAGAUAGAUCAUUAAAAUUUCUAGGUCGGA